UACAAUGAUAUAUUCCACCCUACCUAUUCCUAACAAGGCUUCAUUCAUGUCUUUGUUGUAGUCUAUUAAUUGUACUCUUUUUGUUAGUCAUUUUCUUCUUUAUUCCGCUCAAAUGAAAAUGUAUGACUUCUGUAUACGAGCAAAAAUGGGGAGUUUACUUUGAGCCGAGAGCUGGCAAAAUCAGCUGAUCGCACUGCUGUACCCGUCCCUGCAUCAAGACAGCCAAGGAGUCACCGAGUGACACACUCUCCUCUCUAUGCCUCGUCCAAGGAAUGUAUAUGUAGAAUCCUUGGCUUCGCCUGAGGUUGUCGGUCACUUGGCAUAUAUAGUUUUGUGAUUCGUUCGCUUAUUUUUGGCUUAGGUGUGUAGUUUUUAAGAUACGUAUUCCAGUAAAGUAGUUAUUCUGCUUUUCAAAAUUUUGUAUUAUUUUGAAAUUCAGUUACUAUUUCAAGUUUAAUGCCACUCGUCACUUGAAGCUUAAUAUUAUCAAUCAUUCAUCUAUUUUAGGCUUAGAUGUGUAAUUACAGGGACUGUCAUGUGCGUAUACAGGGACUGCCACGUGCAGGCUUGUGGAGAAAAACACCAGUCAAAACAGUCUGCAGUGCAUGUAGGUGUGGCAACGAAACACCAACUUAAAUUGGCAACUUUUCCUCACACCUGCAUUUCCUUAUGCACACCAACAUUUGAUUUAAGGAAAGAAAUGAGGUUUGUAUUAAGCAUAUAUCUGAUAGCGCUGACGGGUCCCUGGCUCGUCAGCUGCGCCACGAGGCCUCACCGGCCACUGGCGCAGUGUGUCAGGGACCGGCAGGAGCUGAUCGUCUUGAGCAGCACUGCCCUGGCUGAGAGGUUGAACCUCACCCAGAGGGUCACCUCUCUGAAGGAGGCUCUGCAGGGUGCCCAAGAGGAACACCUUGCAUUGAGCCGAGAACACACCGGGCUGCUCUCUGAGCACCUGGUUGUGUUGGACGCCCUCCGCACGCUGCAGGGCGAGCACCGCAGCCUGCAGGAGGAGCAGGCGGGCCUGCACAGGGAACACCUGGGCCUUGCAAAAGGCCACCAGGAGACUGUGCGGGAACUUGACCGCCUGAAGGAAGACCACGCUGUGGUCCGGAAGGAGCUGAACAGGCUCCAAAAGAAGCACUUUGGCCUGAAGAGUGGUCACUUCAGGCUGAAGAAGGACUAUACUGACCUGACCACUGAGAGAGCAAGGCUGAAAAGCGUUGCGCAGCAGAAGGAGCAACACCUGCGCCUUUUGCUCCACGAAAAGGACCUGCUCUCCCUGGCUCUGCAGGAGAGGGAAAAAGAAAAUGAUAUGUUGAAGGAGAGUCUGGUAAGCAUAGCGCGCCAGAAGGAUGAAAAUCUACGCCUUCUGUGGCAAGAAAAGCACCAGCUCUCCAUCUCUCUGCAGGAAAAACAGGAAGAAAAUAACAUACUAAAGGAAGAGCUCAAAAAGAUGAUAAAAGUCAGUGAGGAAAUGAUUCUGAAGAAAAAAGAGGAAGAUUACUUGUUCCAUGAAGAGCUCAGAAGAUUGAUGGAUGUCAACGAGGAAAUGACUGUGCAAGGAAAAGAGGAAGAAGAUGCCAUUCUGCAUGAACAAAUGCAAAAAUUGAUGAAUGUCAACGAGGAAAUGGCUGUGCAGGAAAAAGACGACAUAUUGCAUGAAGAGCUCAGAAGACUGAUGGAUGUUAGCGAGGAAAUGGCUCUGCAGGUAAAAGAGGACAUGAUGCAUAAAGAGCUGGAAAUGUUGAUGGAUGUCAGCGAGGAAAUGGUUCUACAGGAAAGAGAGGAAGAAGUUGCGAUGUUGCAUGAAGAGCUAGAAAAACUGACGGAUGUCAGCGAAGAAAUGGCUGUGCAGGAAAGAGAGGAAGAAGAUGCGAUGUUGCAUGAAGAGCUAGAAAAACUGAUGGAUGUCAGCGAGGAAAUGGCUGUGCAGAAAAAAGACGACUUAUUGUAUGAAGAGCUAGAAAGGUUGAUGGAUAGCAACGAAGAAAUGGCUGUGCAGGAAAAAGACGACAUGUUGCAUGAAGAGCUAGAAAGGUUGAUGGAUAGCAACGAGGAAAUGGCUGUGCAGGAAAAAGACGACUUGUUGCAUGAAGAGCUAGAAAGACUGUUGGAUGUCAAUGAGGAAAUGGCUGUGCAGGAAAAAGACGACUUGUUGCAUGAAGAGCUAGAAAGGUUGAUGGAUAGCAACGAGGAAAUGGCUGUGCAGGAAAAAUACGACUUGUUGCAUGAAGAGCUCAGAAGAUUGAUGGAUGUCAGAGAGGAAAUGGCUCUGCAGGUAAAAGAGGACAUGUUGCAUGAAGAGCUCAGAAGAUUGAUGGAUGUUAGCGAAGAAAUGGCUCUGCAGGUAAAAGAGGACAUGAUGCAUGAAGAGCUGGAAAUGUUGAUGGAUGUCAACGAGGAAAUGGCUGUGCAGGAAAGAGAGGAAGAAGAUGUGAUGUUGCAUGAAGAGCUAGAAAAACUGAUGGAUGUCAGCGAGGAAAUGGCUCUGCAGGAAAGAGAGGAAGAAGAUGUGAUGUUGCAUGAAGAGCUAGAAAAACUGAUGGAUGUCAGCGAGGAAAUGGCUGUGCAGGAAAAAGAGGAAGAAGAUGCGAUGUUGCAUGAAGAGCUAGAAAAACUGAUGGAUGUCAGCGAGGAAAUGGCUGUGCAGGAAAGAGAGGAAGAAGAUGCGAUGUUGCAUGAAGAGCUAGAAAAACUGAUGGAUGUCAGCGAGGAAAUGGCUGUGCAGGUAAAAGAGGAUAUGUUACAUGAAGAGAUGGAAAGGUUGAUGGAUGGCAACGAGGAAAUCGCUGUGCUGGAAAAUGAUGCCAUGUUGCUGGAAAGCUUGAUGUAUCUGCAGGUAAAGGAGGAAAUGUUGACUGAAGAGGUGGAAAGUUUGAUGGAUGGCAAUGAGGAAAUAGUUGUGCUGGAAAAUGAUGCCAUGUUGCUGGAAAGGUUGAUGUAUCUGCAGGUAAAAGAGGACGUGUUGACUGAAGAGCUGGAAAGUUUAAUUGAUGUCAGCGAGGAAAUGGCUCUACAGGAAAGAGAAGCAGUGAAAGCUGAGGAGCAGGAAAACCGCCAGAUGAAUUUUGAAGAAAAUAACUUGGUGAAGAAAGAACCGCUGAAGGAAUUCGUGGAGGAUGAUUACUUUCCCUCUUAUAGCAGUGUGGCAGAAGGACGCACUGAGACAGGCGCGAUGCCUUUCGAGCAUCAAGACGGCCAAGAAGAAGAGCACAAGAUGAGCGUUCCGAUGACCCUCGCCAAGUACAAGGCGUUCAUUACUGGUGAUGGGUCUCAGAGCGACAUCUUGGAAAGCUUUUACUCAAAGGUACGAGUCUCCCUCUUAGAGAACCAAAAAAUCCUUGACUCAUAUAUGACUUCCGACGCCACAGAGAAAAAGUCUGAGAAGUGACAUUCAUUAAAAACACUUCCUCUGUGGCGUCGGAUGGAGCAGACGACUUGAGGAGGCUGAGAAGUAACAGCCUCCCAAGAAAAUCAAAGGAUAUUUUAUUUCAGUUUCUUAAUGGACGGACGACUUGAGGAGGCUGAGAAGUAACAAACUCCCAAGAAAAUCAAAGGAUAUUUUAUUUCUGCUUCUUAAUGGACGGAUGACUUGAGGAGGCUGAGAAGUAACAAACUCCCAAGAAAAUCAAAGGAUAUUUUAUUUCAGUUUCUUAAUGGACGGACGACUUGAGGAGACUGAGAAGUAACAAACUCCCAAGAAAAUCAAAGGAUAUUUUAUUUCAGUUUCUCAAUGGAUGGACGACUUGAGGAGGCUGAGAAGUAACAGCCUCCCAAGAAAAUCAAUGGAUAUUUUAUUUCUGCUUCUUAAUGGACGGAAGACUUGAGGAGGCUGAGAAGUAACAAACUCCCAAGAAAAUCAAUGGAUAUUUUAUUUCUGCUUCUUAACGGACGGAAGACUUGAGGAGGCUGAGAAGUAACAGCCUCCCGAGAAAAUCAAUGGAUAUUUUAUUUCUGUUUCUUAAUGGACGGAUGACUUGAGGAGGCUGAGAAGCAACAGCCUCCCGAGAAAAUCAAAGGAUAUAUUAUUUUAGUUUCUUAAUGGACGGACGACUUGAGGAGGCUGAGAAGUAACAGCCUCCCGAGAAAAUCAAUGGAUAUUUUAUUUCUGCUUCUUAAUGGACGGAAGACUUGAGGAGGCUGAGAAGUAACAGACUCCCAAGAAUAUCAAUGGAUAUUUUAUUUGUUUCUUAAUGGACGGACGACUUGAGGAGGCUGAGAAGUAACAGCCUCCCGAGAAAAUCAAAGGAUAUAUUAUUUUAGUUUCUUAAUGGACGGACGACUUGAGGAGGCUGAGAAGUAACAGCCUCCCGAGAAAAUCAAAGGAUAUAUCAUUUUAGUUUCUUAAUGGACGGACGACUUGAGGAGGCUGAGAAGUAACAGCCUACCGAGAAAAUCAAAGGAUAUUUUAUUUCAGUUUCUUAGUGGACGGACGACUUGAGGAGGCUGAGAAGUAACAGCCUCCCGAGAAAAUCAAAGGAUAUAUUAUUUUAGUUUCUUAGUGGAUGGAGCAGACUUUAGGAGGCUAUGAAGUAACAGCCUCCUAAAAAAUCAAGGGAUAUUUUCAUAUAGUUUCUUAAUGGAUGGAGGAGGCUGAGAAAUAACAGCCUCCAAAGAAAAUCAAAGGAGAACAUUUUAUUUCAGUUUCUUAAUGGAUGGAUGGACGACCUGAGAAGGCUGAGAAGUAACAGCCUCCUAAAAAAUCAAAGGAUAUUAUCGUUCAGUUUCUUAAUGGAUGGAGGAGGCUGAGAAGUAACAGCCUCCUAAAAAAUCAAAGGAUAUUAUCGUUCAGUUUCUUAAUGGAUGGAGGAGGCUGAGAAGUAACAGCCUCCUAAAAAAUCAAAGGAUAUUAUCGUUCAGUUUCUUAAUGGAUGGAGGAGGCUGAGAAGUAACAGCCUCCUAAAAAAUCAAAGGAUAUUUUCGUUCAGUUUCUUAAUGGAUGGAGGAGGCUGAGAAGUAACAGUCUCCUAAAAAAUCAAAGGAUAUUUUCGUUCAGUUUCUUAAUGGAUGGAGGAAGCUGAGAAGUAACAGCCUCCCAAGAAAAUCAAAGGAUAGCAUUUUAGUUCAGUUUCCUAAGACUUUGAGAUUUUGUUUACCUUCACUUUU